GUACUGGCCAAAGCUAUCAGACCAUCUCUGUUGCACAUUCACUCCUCUAUUCUGCUUUUCUUUGCUGAGUUUAGAAUUUGGAAAGCCAUCUCCCUGUUCUCACCAGAAGAAAGAAAGUAAGAAAGAAACAGUAUUCCCUUCGAGCCAUCCCUUGACCACAAAGACAUAUAAUUAGUUUCUUAUUAUAAAUUCUCUUCUCUUUGCCUGUUCUUUUGCUUUCAAAUCCCAACUUGAGAGUAGUUAUUGCAUUUUAUGGAGAUAGAGCAGGUUGUAAUCAGCAGUGGUGGAGAUGGUGGCUCUGGAGGUGGGAAUGCGGACGCAGGUUUACCACGAGGAAGAGGAGAUCAUGGAGUAGGGUCUAUGUUCUUGGUAUGGGAGGAUUUAACAGUGGUUCUGCCAAAUUUUGGCAAUGGACCUACAAGGAGAUUGCUUAAUGGGCUAAAUGGAUACGCCGAGCCUGAUAAAAUCUUGGCUAUUAUGGGUCCAUCGGGAUCUGGGAAAUCUACCCUUCUUGAUGCAUUAGCAGGAAGACUAGCAGGGAAUGCUGUGAUGACUGGGAAUGUUCUACUCAACGGGAAGAAGAGGAGACUGGACUAUGGUGGUGUUGCUUAUGUAACACAAGAAAAUACACUGUUGGGCACUCUCACAGUUAGAGAGACCCUGAAUUACUCGGCUCAUUUGAGACUUCCAAGCGGCAUGGCUAAAGAAGAGAUAGAUGACGUUGUAGAGGGGACAAUCAUGGAAAUGGGUCUCCAAGAGUGCAGUGAUCGGCUGAUUGGAAACUGGCAUUUAAGAGGUAUAAGUGGUGGGGAGAAGAAAAGACUAAGUAUUGCACUUGAAAUCCUCAUAAGGCCACAGCUUUUGUUUCUUGAUGAACCUACAAGUGGCCUGGACAGUGCUGCAGCUUUCUUUGUAAUUCAAACUCUUAGAAAUAUUGCUCGCGAUGGAAGAACCGUCAUAUCUUCUAUUCACCAGCCAAGUAGCGAAGUUUUCGCACUCUUUGAUGAGCUUUUCUUAUUAUCUGGUGGCGAAACAGUUUAUUUUGGAGAGGCAAAGAUGGCGUUAGAGUUCUUUUCUGAAGCUGGAUUCCCAUGUCCAAGUAGAAGAAACCCUUCUGAUCAUUUCUUACGUUGUAUUAAUUCAGACUUCGACCUUGUCACUGCAACCCUGAUGGGAUCUCACAGAGAAAUUCAAAAUCCAUCAGAUUCUUUGGCAAAUUUGCCAACAGCAGAGAUUAAGGCAUCGUUAGUCAAGAAGUACAGGUCCUCCAACCAUGCAGCAAAUGCAAGAGCUAGGAUUCAAGAAAUUGUGGCGAUUAAAGGGCUUGUGGUUAAUAUAAGAAGCGAAAACCAAGCAAACUGGUGGAAACAACUUUCAACGUUGACAAGGAGAUCUUUCAUUAACAUGUGGAGAGAUUUGGGGUACUAUUGGGUGAGGAUUAUCGUCUACAUCUUAUUGUCUAUUUGCGUCGGUACCAUAUUUUUAGACGUUGGCAAAGGUUAUACUGCAAUAUUGGCCCACGGAGCUUGUGGAGGAUUUCUGUCAGGAUUUAUGACAUUUAUGUCCAUUGGAGGCUUCCCCUCCUUCAUUGAAGAACUGAAGGUUUUUUACAAGGAAAGGCUCAGUGGGUAUUAUGGGGUCGCUGUUUAUGUACUGUCAAACUUUCUAUCUUCGUUUCCCUACUUGACUGUCAUGUCAUUUGGCACCUCAAGUAUUACCUACUACAUGGUGAAGUUUCGGCCAGAAUUUUCAAAUUUUCUCUAUGUUUUCUUCGACCUUCUAAGCAGCAUAGCAACUGUGGAGAGUUGCAUGAUGACUAUAGCUUCACUAGUCCCCAACUACCUAAUGGGAUUCGUUAUUGGAUCAGCAUAUAUUGGAAUCCUAAUGAUGACCUCUGGGUUUUUCCGGUUGCUGCCUGAUAUUCCUAAGGUCUUCUGGCGCUACCCAAUUUCUUAUAUCAACUUUGGAUCAUGGGGAUUGCAGGGAGCAUACAAGAACGACAUGAUUGGGCUGGAGUUUGAUCCUUUAGUACCUGGCGGUCCAAAACUGAAAGGAGAAGAAGUUCUUACAACCAUGCUUGGUAUUAGUCUUGAUCAUUCAAAAUGGUGGGACCUGUCUGCUGUCCUGAUCAUUCUCAUUGCUUUCAGACUUCUCUUCUUUGCCAUUCUCAAGUUCAAGGAGAGAACUCUCCCCAUGCUUCGGAAGCUUCAUUCCAAGAGGACUCUAAAGCAUCUGAAGAAGAGGCCAUCUUUCAGGAAGACUUCUUAUUCACCCUUCCCUUCAAAAAGACACCAACCUGCUCAUUCUUUGUCUUCUCAAGAGGGUCUCAGCUCUCCAAUUCCUUACUAGCAGCACACUUUUCACACAUGGCCGCGGUGCACGCUAGCCCUGCCUGAUAUUUUAGAGAGUUAUGGUGAGGGUAAAACGAAUAAAAAAACCAUACAUAGACUUGCUUUAACCAUUUAAAAUUUAAGAAUUGCUUUUACAAACCAAUUUCACGUUUUAUUCUAAUCGUUUGAAAUGUCUUGUGCUCACGCGUGGAAAAGUAUUAUGUAUCGUUAAAAAUGGUGACAGGUGGUCCAUGAUAACAUUUCUGUAUGAUAAUAAUCAACAGUUGGUAGACAA